CACAACCAUGGAAAGAUUUCAGCCAAACCCAAUUACACUAUUCAUCUUCAUCUCCUUACUAACUCCCUCUUUAGCUGAAUUCACCAACUUCAUCUCUUGUUUAAAUUCUAAUGAUGUAAAGAACUUCACCCUUCAACCUCGACCCGACAACGAUCCUUCUUCAACGUACUACACCUUACUCCAAAUCUCCAUUCAAAACGUCCGAUUCGCCCAACCCACAUUUCCUAAGCCACUUGCUAUCAUCUUACCCAAUACCAAAGAGCAACUCGCUGGUGCAAUUAUCUGUUGUAGGCAGCAAGAGACAUUGGCUAUAAGAAUAAGAAGUGGGGGCCACAGCUAUGAAGGAUUAUCAUCCGUUGCUGAUGAAACUCCCUUCGUGAUCAUUGACAUGAUGAAUAUAAACCAUGUUGCAGUCAACGUAGGCUCGCUAACUGCUUGGGUUGAAGCCGGUGCAACGCUCGGUGAGACGUACCAUGCAAUUGCUACAUUGAGCAGUUCACAUGGAUUCCCAGCUGGGUCUUGUCCGACGGUUGGGAGUGGAGGCCACAUCGGUGGAGGUGGGUUCGGGUUGUUAUCGAGGAAGUACGGCCUCGCUUCUGACAAUGUGAUUGAUGCAAUACUAAUCGAUGGUGACGGACAGUUUCUCGAUCGCAAAGGUAUGGGAGAAGACGUGUUUUGGGCGAUACGAGGAGGUGGUGGUGGGACUUGGGGAGUUCUUUAUGCUUGGAAAAUCAAACUAGUUGAGGUCUCGAAAACCGUUACAGCUUUCAUCGUUUCAAGACCGGGUAGCAGACGCCAAGUAGCUAAGUUAGUACAUAAAUGGCAAUUUGUGGCGCCCGGACUCGAAGAUGAAUUCUACUUAUCAGUUUUUGUUGGUACUGAUUUGCCUGAAGUCCAAACAGUUGGGAUAUCCGCGACAUUCAAAGGCUUCUAUCUUGGUCCCAAGACCGGUAUGUUAUCUUCCAUCAAUCGGGUCUUCCCAGAACUGGAAAUAGGAGAAGAAGAUUGCAUGGAAAUGAGCUGGAUUGAAUCGGUAGUAUACUUCUCUGGUCUGAAAAAUGGUAGCUCAGUCGACCAGUUGAAAGACCGGGUUUUGCAUGAUAAAGGGUUCUUCAAGGCAAAAUCAGACUACAUAAGGGUCCCGAUUUCUGUCAAAGGUAUAUAUGGUUUGAUUGAUAUACUUGAGAUGGAACCCAAAGGGUACGUGAUCUUGGACCCUUAUGGUGGAAUGAUGAAUAGAAUAACAAACGAUUCUCUACCUUUUCCUCACCGGAGUGGAAAUCUUUACUCAAUUCAGUAUAUUGUGUCAUGGCAUGAAGAAGAAAAUCAAAGAAGUGAUGAGCUAAUCAACUGGGUUCGAGGGUUUUACAACCGCAUGGCGCCUUACGCUUCUAAGGGUCCACGGGCUGCUUAUGUAAACUAUUUGGACCUUGACCUUGGGGUGAUGAAUUGCAGCGCUAGUAGGUCAGAGAAUGCAGUGGAGAUAGCUAGAAGUUGGGGUGAGAAGUAUUUCAUGGGGAAUUACGAUCGAUUGGUUCAAGCAAAAACGAUUAUCGAUCCAAAAAAUGUGUUUAAUAACCCUCAGAGCAUUCCUCCACUACCAUUGGUAGAGAUUGCCAUGGUUUUUGAGAGAGAGAGAGAGAGAGGGAGUAUAACGAAUGAAUCUGUAUAAAUGGUUGUGAUACAGACCGUCUUUUGAUGGUAGCUUGUAUUAUCUAGUGUUUGUAUUGUUAUGUUAUCUGAAUUAUCUAAUUUGAGUUGCAUCCCGGAGGUUUACCAGCCCCGUGGAAGUGUGGAAUA